AUGAGGCUAUUCUCCCGGGUCCACUUGGCCAUCCGCCCGCCCUCGCCGCUGGGCUCCACUUGCAAGCCCGCGACCAGCCUGACCGGUGGGACAGGCCCUGAGCCGCGGUCACUCCGCCAGAAGGCAUGCCUUCACGCCUGGGCCUACGCGCCGCCAGAAGAGCUCAAGCCGACUCAGGCGUCGGAAUGCCUGUAUCCUGACGCCAUGUUGAUGAGAUCAAUUCGCAGCACUGUGAACAGCACAGGCCUGCUGCAGUACGAGUCCCGCGAGGAGCCCAGUAUUCGCGUGGCCCAGUGGAACCUAAAGGAGUUCGCCGUCCACAUCACAAUAAUCAGCUUCGUGCUGAUGGUUAUUCUACUGAAGAUACUCUACCAUCGCAUUGGACCCCUGCGGUCGUGGGUCCCGGAAUCUUUGCUCCUUAUUGUAAUAGGACUCAUGUUUGGAAUAAUCAUCCGUCAUGGGUUGAGCAUCGAAUCUUGGAACCUGACGCCGAAACUCUUCUUUCAACUCCUCUUGCCGCCAAUCAUUCUUGAUUCUGCCUACACCCUUCAUAAUAGGGUUUUUGCCGAAUUUUUGGGCACCAUUUUAAUUUAUGCAGUCGUCGGAACCAUCCUCAAUUUCAUGAUAAUUGGUCUAGUUUUAUAUCUGGUGCAGAUAUCGCCAGUGCUUGGAAUCGACGAGCUGGAGCUCAACUUGAAAUCCUGUUUGCUGUUUGCCUCCCUAAUUGUGGCUGUAGAUCCUGUCGCUGUGCUCGCCAUCUUCAGUGACAUCGGAGUUGACCUGGGACUAUAUUAUAUGGUGUUCGGAGAGUCACUGCUAAACGAUGCUGUCACUGUGGUGCUAUACGAGAUAAUGUCGGUGCUGGCGGGCAAGGUGAAAAUCGAAGGUAUGGACAUCCUCCUGGGACUCGUCUCCUUCUUCACCGUAAGUCUGGGCGGCCUCGCCGUCGGUGUUGUAAUUGGCUUGCUCACCUGCUUCAUCACGCGUUGUCCCAGCUCCAUGGAGGGCCUGGUGGUUUUGCUGCUUGGCUACUUCUCCUACAUUGUGGGCGACUUGGUCGGUUGGUCAGGCAUCAUUUCUAUGAUCGGCUGUGGCCUGAUUCAGGCGGCGUACGCCUUUCACAAUCUGCGAUCGUCCAGCGUUCUUGUCGUCCGCACCACCGGUCACAUGGCGGCUGAACUCAGUGAAUCGGUCAUCUUUCUCUUUCUAGGAAUUGAGCUGUUGCGUGAUAACAUCACUUGGAACAUGCCCUUUAACUUUUGGGCUCUCAUCAUCUGCCUCGUCUCGCGGCUGGUUGUAGUACUCUUUCUCACGGGCAUAAUCAAUUGGGUUCACGUGGGCGGCUUCAAGAUCUCCAUGGUUGAACAGAUGAUGAUCGUGUACGGUGGGCUCCGGGGAGCGGUCGCCUUUUCACUGUCAGUUCUCAUAAAAUCCAAGGCCCUGCAAGGCAUAUUCAUUUCUGCUACACUCUUUAUCAUCCUUUUCACCGUUGUUAUUAUGGGUCUGACAAUGAAACCACUCGUCCGUCUCCUGAAGAUACGAAUGCACGAGGCCCCUGAUUUGAGUCUGUUCACCGAGCUCAAUGAGGUUCUAUUGGGCCACACCCUUGCUGGACUCGAGGGCAUUACUGGAUCGCGUGGCCGCAACGCCUUCCGAAUGUUGAUGACGCGCUACGACGACAAGUACAUCCGUCACCUGCUCCAGCGUGAUCCACACACGCAUGACCAAAAGAUCGUCAAGAUCUACGAGAAGAUUGCUCUCAAGCUGCACUAUGCGGCAAUUAGACCAAACCAGUCUGAGCUCCACCUGGAGCGUCUGCCUGACUCAAUAAAGACAAAACACUUCAGUGCCUCCCUGCUCAAUUUGACGGCUGUCGGUCUGCCACGCCACGAGAUCGAGGUGGCCCCACCAGAAUGCCCGAAGCCAAAAGGGCUACAGCCGACACGUAUCAAUCUGCCAUUUGAACCAAUUUAUGUGUCGCGCAAUAUGCCUUCUCACCACGUGCCGAAGAAUUCUGGCCAAGUCAUUCGGGCCAUGAGGUCCAAUCUUGGCCCCCCAUUGUCUGAUCAAGACUACCUCGGCCGUCUGGUGGAUACCAUCCACUCGCGUCAUCUUGCACUCAUUAGGCAAUCGGACAAGUCAAUCACAUUGCCACCGCCCGUGCUGUCGAUAGAAAAGCAAGCACAACCCAACAAGUUGCUGGUGUUGGCCAACAGUCCGGCUUCUGGUAGUGACAACCAAGCAUUCAUUGCUGAUGCAAGCCAACCACAAAAAUCCUCUUCUCACAAUAUUGCUGAGGGUAGGGUAAGCAAUAGCCAAUACAAGAAUCGGGCUGCAAGCAAGUGUAGCUCUUGCUGUGCUGGCAAACUUGCUCCUUCUGGCAAAGGUGAAAUGAACGUUUUAUUUGUACUGAAAAGCGAGUCCGAGGAUGAAAUUGAGGGCGAAGCCAGAGGAAGAUUAAAAGGAGCGACUAAAACUGUCACACCAUCAACAAGUGGUUUUGGAGAACGAGAUGAGGCCAUGUGCGACAGCAAAGUUGGAAUACUCCGCGAAGGUGGGGUUGGUAAUAAUCCUGCAAUUCAGGGUAAAAGUAAACUAAAAAAAGAUGGUCCGCUUAAGUCUAGAAUUGGACUUGGCAGUGGAACCGGAGCUGGAGCUGGAGCAGGAAUUGGAAAU